UUUUCACAAUUUCCACGUUUUUAAUAUUGGACAAAUAAAAUAUAAAUUUUGGUUUUAUUUGUAAUUAAUAUUGAAACGCUCUAACUCCUCAAAAUCUUAUCAAAUUAUUAUUAUUUUCAGCACAGGUAAAGACUCUUAGCAUCAUAGCUGACUGUGUCCUACGUGGCCAAGAUGAUUCUUCUUCUUCUAUAUAUCCAUCUCAUCUCUUUGCUUCACUCAACGCUUCACCAAUAAUUUUCUUCUCACUUCUUUCUUUCCUUCAAAAUCCAAGAAAAUGUUAAGAAAUUUCAAGAAUCCCUUUGCCAUGCUUGCAGGUUUCUCUCAGGAUUCCAAAUCAACGUGUGCAACUUCAAAGGAGAGAGUAAUGGUUGUUGGGCUGCAAACUCUAGUUCAUAUAUCAUCAUCAGAAGCAAAAUCCAAAUCUAAUGUGGUUUUAAAAUCUUCGAUGAAAAAGGUAAAUCAUCGUCACCUUCCAGCGGCUGCUUCUUCUUCAGCCACCACCAUUGAAUCUUAUUGCUACCUCAAAUCUUGUUACUUAUGCAACAAGAAGUUGAGACUAGACAGCGACAUCUACAUGUAUAGGGGAGAUCAAGGCUUUUGCAGCAUAGAAUGCAGAAACAGACGGAUUGUUUUGGAUGAAAUGAAAGAACUAGAAAUAUCUACCAAGCAAAUGAGAAAAUCUUACAGGCACUGCAGCGCUUCUGGCCGCCACGAGACUCGCCGACUCCUGGAGGAUCUUCGCCAGAGACGUAACCCAGUUUCUCAUCAAAAUCACUGGGCAAUAGUUUCAUAGUCAAUGCACUUUUUUCUUCACCCAUUUUUUUUUUUUUUUUUUUUUUAAUCUUGACUACGUUCAUUGUUGAUAAAGAGAUAUCGUGAAUAUGGAACUCAUCACGUGUAAAAUAGAUUAAAUUCACAUAUUUAUUUUCUUUUGAUAAGCAGAAGAAAAUUAUAUUUUGCUACUAAACCAAGCAGCCAAACUACAAGAAAAAUAAUCCUGUUUCAAAUUUUUUAUCAGGUAAUUUACAGGGUCACUCCUGAAUUUUAACAAAAUCCACAAAAUAAUUCCUCAUUAAAUUUUUUAUAACAUAUUAAUUUUUAGGUUUAAUUUCCGUUUCUGUUAAUAAAAAAAAAAAAGCAAAUUGCCAUUUCUGGAGAUUAUAUUUUUAUUAAUGGUUAAUAUACUCUUUAAGUGAAGAGAAAGAAUUGACAGUUUUCCUCUUAGACCUAUUCCAUAUACAAGAACAUUUACUAAGGAAAAUAACCCAGAAUUCCAUUAUGAAAUCGAGAGAGUUGUAGCUGCCACAUUACGUUUUCCAGCAUUUCAAAAAGAGAUAUGCUCUUUGGGGCUCGGCGUUGCAUUGCCUUGGUCGCCUGCAAACUUCUCAUUGAUAGAGAGCGGCCAGGCUGAAGACUGGGUCUUCGGAGCAGCUACCGGAGGCUUUUCGAAUUUCACACGGCGUCACCCCAUCUCUCUCUCUCUGUCUGUUUUUUCUUUAUCUACAAGUCAUUGGAGAUGAGAAAUCCACGAUCGUGAUGGCGAAGAGAGACCGAGAGAGGGAUCGAGAGCUUCUCAUUUCCAUUGCCGAUUGUGUACAUGAUAAUGUUUCCUCCAAACCUUCUUUGUCUUCCUCAUCAUCGCAUCAUUCGGGACAUGAAGUGAAUUUAUCUAUUUGCUCUAUGUUUCUCUCUUUUCUUAGGGUUUUUGAAUUAUUGGCAUCCGUUGUCAAUUAUUUCUAAUUGAUCUUUCCAUUUGAGUUAGCAUCAGAGGAAGAAAGGUCAGAAACUGUGGAUAGAAGCGAAGAAGUUAACGGUGGCGGACCUAAAAAUUGCUCACGGUGCAUGAUGCUCACCAAGGGUCUAUGAAGAGGACAGCUUAGUUAUAGGAGUAUUUGACUACAUUAAUUUUAAAUGUUGGAUUAAUUCUGUUACUAAAAGAGAAGUGAGAAAUUAUUUUAUAAAUUUUAUCAAAUCUUAGAGGUGUUCUAUAAAAAUUAAAAUUUUAAUUUUUAAUUUUCUUGAAUUAUAAACUAAAUUAAAUUUAAACUAAAACUUCUGAUUUAAUUUGAAUAAAAAUUUGAAAAUAAUUUAAAUUGAAUUUUAACAACAAAUAUAGGUGAACAUAAAUCCGUGUACUUCUACAGGAAAUACUCCCCAUGUCAUUAAAAAGAAAAGAAAAAAAAAAAAAAAAA